AUGCAUUGGUACCUGAUUUCAAACUCAAGGGAUGAAAAAUUGCUGAUGAAUGAAGUGUUAUCAAUUGUGGCAAUCAUAUCGAAACAAUCUGAUGGUCAAAUUAUCAUAAAAUUUGUUCAUUGGUUCAAAUUACAUAUUAAGGGAAAAUUAAAUUAUGAAAAAUAUUUAGCUACAUAUCUACUUAAUCAAUAA